UUGUCUUUAAAUACUCAAAAGAAAGUUCGAAGUAUCAUGGUCACCCUACAUGCAAAUGUUGCAAUGAAGUGAAAGUCAGCCUCCAAGAUCUCGCCGCAUACGCCAGAACGGAACCUGACAUACAACAUGGGUGCGUCUCAUAGCGAUCAACCCAAUCAAAGUAAGGCCGACGUGGUCGCGAGAAUACGAAGCAGAGUGGAGAGUGUCGAUCCAAAUAAAGCGAAAGAACUAGGAGGAGUCUUCCUCUUCAAUAUCAUUAAAGGAACGUCAGUUUUUUCCUGGACACUAGAUCUCAACAAUGUCACGGUAUACGAAGGGGAACCAGACGAAGAUCCAGAUACAACGUUUACUCUUAAUGAGCAUUAUUUCAAACAGCUGGUCUUCGGCAAGGAGGAUCCGAGAGUGAUCAUGCAGGCUGGUAGAUGUUCCGUCACUGGAGAUAUCAUGAGGGCAAUGAAACUUGAACCAUAUAUUAAACUAGAAUAGAUAUAGUUA